GUGUUUCGAGCUCUGGCUAAUCUACUUGAAAUCAUUAAUUAUUCAAUAACGUUUUACAUUUAUUGUUUAUUUUCGGAAGACUUUCGUAAUACUCUUAUCCAAACACUCAAAUGGCCAUGGUGUAAAGCAGCACGAGAUAAACAUAAAUUAUCCACGAAGAGAUCUCUUAACCCUAGACCAACGAUCAUCGCAGCAUCACCAACAACUACUCUUGCAACUUCUAGACACGCAUCUCGCACAAGCGUGUAA